AUGGAUGCAGCGGCCAUCAUAUCGGCCAUUGGACGCAUCAAAGAUAACAAGUGGCCUCGACCUUGGAAAACUGAUCCAACACAAAGGGAUCCCAACCAAAUAUGCAAAUAUCAUGGCAGACAUGGCCACAGGACGGAGGAUUGUCGACAAUUGAGGGAGGAAGUAGCCCGUUUGUUCAACGACGGUCACCUUCGAGAAUUUCAAAGUGACCGAGCUAAGAAUCACUUCCGAAAUAGGUAUUCCAACAAAGAAAACGGACAAUAUGAAUACCAACACGUCAUCCAUAUGAUCAUCGAAGGGUUCGAUGUUCCUCAAUGUCCGAUGAUGAAAUGCACCAAAGUGUCAAUCACAAGAGAAAAACAAACUCGGGAUUACUUACCAGAAGGGACUCUAUCCUUCAACGGCGAGGACACAGAAGGAAUCAUGCAACCUCAUAAUGAUGCACUGGUAUUAAAAUUCCCAACACCAGAUGGGACAAAGACAGUUUAUGGGGAACAACCCACCGCAAAGGAGAUGUUUGUCGUCGAUGAAGUAGUUCCAAUAUCAGCACUCUCGUCGACAAAGGACUCAAGUUCGAAAGCGAAACAAGAAGCAAAAUAG